CCCGAACUUCUUUCUAUUUACCUUUCUCUGCCACCCCAAAACGGAUAACAAAUACGCACAGCAAAAACCAGAGGCUGAGCAGAGCGCUUCAAAAACAAUGGCUGCUCUAACUCUAAGCAUUGGCAUCGCCACCACCAGCUCUGUUCUACUUAAAAGGCCGACGCCGCGUCGUUCGAGGACCGCAAGAAUUUCUUGCAUUGGAUGGGACCCGGAGGGUGUAUUGGGACCACCGCAGACGGGCCAUUUGGCUCGGAUAGAGUUCAAGAGGCGGUUGGAAAAAGACGCCGAUGCUCGAGAAGAAUUCGAACGCCAAGUCAUUGAAGAGAAAGAGCGGCGUCGAACUGUUAGAGAAUCCCGGGUUGCGCCAGAUACGGCGGAGGAGUUGAUAGAGUACUUUCUCAACACUGAAGCUCGGGAGAUUGAGUUCGAGAUUUCGAGGUUGAGGCCAAGAUUGGACAAGGUGUUUUUCUCACACCUACAAUAUGAGCUAGGUCAGCUUCGGUUUGCUGUUUCAAAAACUCAGGAUAUAGAAGAUAGAUUGAUUGAGCUGGAAGCAUUGCAGAAGGCCCUGCAGGAAGGGACAGAAGCAUAUGACAAAAUGCAAACCGACCUCAUUAAAGCAAAGCUAAGUCUGACCAAAGUCCUGUCUUCAAAGGAUGUAAAAUCAACUUUACUAGAGAUGGUUGAACACAACGAGCUGAAUAGAUCCUUCUUGACUCUUCUUGACGAAAACAUAGCAAAUGCGCACAAGGGUAACCAGAAGCAAGCAGCAGAGUUCAUGGAAAAGGUUCGUGGGGCUGUUCUCAAGUACAUCACAGCUUAGUUCUGCGAUGGCAAAUAUUAAGUGCUCGAUUAGUCUUUAGAUGGAGGUUCAGUAACACUAUUGUACCACUACAUGCUUUGACAGGCAAUAAUAUAUGUAGCGUGACAUCCUACAUCUUUCUACUAUUAUGAGAAAAUCAUAGAAUUCAUCUUCGUAGUCUAUUGAUACGCAUUCUAGUAAACAAUGGUUAUGUAGUUGAUUCAUUAAUUUUCUUGUUCAUCAAUCGAAACAUUGUUCGAGAGACA